AUGCUAAGAAUUGAGGGUCUAAUACAAAGACAUUUAGGGGGCAUAUAUACAUUUAUGAGGCAUACAUAUACUUUCUAUCGAGGGGAAUAUCACAGCUUUUAUUAUCGUCUCCGUCUCAAGGAAAGCCCUCUUCAUUCCGCGCACAGCUUCACAUCCAGCUUGAACUCCGAUGCUCCAUUGGCGAAUGGUCCUUUCGGAUCAGUUUGACUAGCUUCGACAGGCUGGAACAGAAUCUCCAGACGAUCAUCACUUUUCGGCGGGCCAGGCUAGAAAAAAUAAAAGAAGUUA